AGCUUCCCUCCUUCCUAUCCAUAGCUUCACUCUCUGUCCAUCCAAAAAACCAGCAAAGACUCACAAAACUCCAUUUUAAUUCAACUUCAAUUCUUGCUAUUUUUUCAUGCUUUUUCAAUUUUCAAAACCCCAUUAAACCAAUGAAAGAAAAUCUCAUAUUUUAAAAAAUCUCGAGAAAAGAAAAAUAAAACUAGAGGAGCCAUAGAAAGAGUAUAUAUACAUUGAGAUAAUAUAUUCUCAAAAAUGGAGUGUAUUGGAGCUCGGAAUUUUGCUACAAUGGCGGUUUUUACGUGUCCGAGAUUCAAAUCAUUAGGAAGAAGGAGAAUUAUGCCAAGAAAAAAGCAACCAUUUUGGCCUAUACAUAUGAAAGUGAAGUGUAGUGGAAGUGAGAGUUGUGUAGUAGUUAAAGAAGAUUUUGCUGAUGAAGAAGAUUAUAUAAAAGCUGGUGGUUCAGAACUUGUUUUUGUUCAAAUGCAGCAGAAUAAAGACAUGGAUCUGCAGUCUAAGCUUUCUGAUAAGUUGCGACAAAUAUCAUCAGCUGGACAAACUAUACUGGAUUUGGUGGUCAUUGGCUGUGGUCCUGCUGGUCUUGCUCUUGCCGCGGAGUCUGCUAAACUCGGGUUGAACGUGGGGCUCGUUGGUCCUGAUCUUCCUUUCACAAAUAACUAUGGUGUUUGGGAGGAUGAGUUCAAAGAUCUCGGGCUUCAAGCAUGCAUUGAACAUGUUUGGAGGGAUACCAUUGUAUAUCUUGAUGAUGCCGAUCCAAUUCUUAUUGGUCGUGCUUAUGGAAGAGUUAGUCGCCAUUUAUUGCACGAGGAGUUACUCAAAAGGUGUGUGGAGGCAGGUGUUUUAUAUCUUAACUCGAAAGUGGAUAGGAUCGUUGAGUCCACAAGUGGCCACAGUCUUGUAGAAUGCGAGGGCGAUAUUGUGAUUCCCUGCAGGUUUGUCACUGUUGCAUCUGGAGCCGCCUCCGGGAAAUUCUUGCAAUAUGAGUUGGGAGGUCCUCGGGUUUCUGUACAAACAGCUUAUGGAGUGGAAGUUGAGGUGGAUAACAAUCCAUAUGAUCCAAGCCUGAUGGUUUUCAUGGAUUACAGAGACUAUGUCAGACACGACGCUCAAUCUUUAGAAGCUAAAUAUCCAACAUUUUUAUAUGCCAUGCCCAUGACUAAAACAAGAGUCUUUUUCGAGGAAACUUGUUUGGCUUCAAAAGAUGCAAUGCCAUUUGAUCUGUUAAAGAAAAAACUGAUGUUACGAUUGAACACAUUGGGCAUAAAAAUUAAAAAAAUCUACGAGGAGGAAUGGUCUUACAUACCAGUUGGUGGAUCGUUGCCAAAUACAGAGCAGAAAACACUUGCGUUUGGCGCUGCUGCUAGCAUGGUUCAUCCAGCUACAGGUUAUUCAGUUGUCAGAUCACUGUCCGAGGCGCCAAAAUGCGCCUCCGUACUUGCUAAUAUUUUAAGACAAAAUCAUGUCAAGAACAUGGUUACCAGUUCAAGUACCACAAGUAUCUCAACUCAAGCUUGGAACACCCUUUGGCCACAAGAACGAAAAAGGCAACGAUCGUUUUUCCUAUUUGGAUUGGCACUCAUAUUGCAGCUGGAUAUUGAGGGGAUUAGGUCAUUUUUCCGCGCAUUCUUCCGUGUGCCAAAAUGGAUGUGGCAAGGAUUUCUUGGCUCUAGUCUUUCAUCAGCAGACCUCAUGUUAUUUGCCUUCUACAUGUUUAUUAUUGCACCAAAUGACAUGAGAAAAGGCUUAAUCAGACAUCUGUUAUCUGAUCCAACUGGUGCAACUAUGAUAAGAACAUAUCUUACAUUUUAGAGUAAUUCCUAGCCUCAUCAUUUUUUAGAGGAGAAAUCACUGCCUUUUGUAUAUAACAUUUCACUAGGUUAAUAUGCUCAAAUAAAUUACAGGAUUUCAAUUUUUGUAUCUACUUCUUUGUCCAGAUGUAUUGAUCCAUUGAACUUUAUUAGCUUCAAUAAAUGAUUGAUGAUUUUACUGA